GCGUGUCCGGUGAAAGUGAACGCUCAUUCAGUCCACGCACACAGCUCCACACAUCCCAUCUGACACAACCUAUCCGUUCCUGCUUCUCUUUUUAACGAGAAGAGGAUCCGUUGUUUUUCUUUCCGUUUCACCUCUCCGCUCUGCAGGCAUGCAUCAUCACGACGACGGGCACCAGGAGCGCGCGUGGAUAAAUGUUUGCAAAUGCACUUUAUAUUUAUUUCUCUUAUUAAGUCUGGAGUGGAGCACCGCGCACUCAGCCCAUUCCGAUGAAUCGAACACUUUCGCGUUUUUCCAUGAGCUGGAGCAGGGCUGCUUGGGGGUACGAGAUAACGUGUUGUACAUGUCCUCUUCCUGCACGGAUGACUCCCAACUUUGGAAAUGGGUCACCAGAGGGCGGCUCUUCAACAUGGGCUCAUCCCUCUGCCUUGGAAUCACCGUUGGCAACGUGAGCUCACUGGGCAACAAGUCUCCGCUGGGCGUGUUCCGGUGUGAUUAUGAGCCCCCGCGAGUCCGCUGGACCUGGAGCUGCAGCAGGUUCCUGGAUACGCUGGAAAUUUACUUGCCCGCCCCUAAAUUUGUCCUCAGCAGUGUCAAAGUGGCGGUCAUCGGCACACACCAAAAGUCCGGGUGGCGAGUCUAUGGAGACAAUCAGGACCUUUGUGCCAAGUCCUACCAAGAAGUCUACACCAUCCAGGGAAACUCUCAUGGCAGUCCAUGUUAUUUCCCCUUUCUGUACGAUGGUCAGUGGUUCCACAGCUGCACCAGCGUGGGCAGGGAGGAUGGCUUCCAUUGGUGUGCUACUACCCAUGAUUAUGGAAAAGACCAGCGCUGGGGAUUCUGUCCAGUGAAAAGUGCUGGAUGUGAGACUUUCUGGGACAUUAACCCUUUGAUGGAUAAUUGUUACCAGUUCAACUUUCAAGCCACACUGUCGUGGAGUGAAGCACGGACCAGCUGCCACCAGCAGGGAGCAGACCUGCUCAGCAUCACUAAAUUAGAAGAACAAAACUAUAUCAAUGGUUUGCUAACUGGGUACAGCUCCACCCUGUGGAUGGGUCUGAAUGAUCUUGACCUCAAUGGUGGCUGGCAGUGGGCUGACUCCGCCCCCUUGAAAUACCUAAACUGGGAAGCAGAUAUGCCGAGCUAUGAUGAGGAGGAGAAUUGUGGGGUGGUCAGUACUGAUGCUCAGGGUCGCUGGCACAACCGGGACUGUUCAGUGGCUCUGCCUUACAUCUGCAAGAAACGGCCCAACGCGACGCUGGAACCCUUCAGUACAGACUCUUGGGCAGACGAUGGGCGUUACCAGUGCGAUGUGGGCUGGCAGAACUUCCAGGCGGGCUGCUAUUGGCUGAACACAGUUAACCUGGAUUGGAACUCUGCCCACAAAACAUGUCAGAAGAUGGAGGCUAACCUUGUCAGCAUCCACACGCUCCCAGAGCUUGAAUUUAUUACCAAGCAUAUGAAGACAGAUAUAGAGGAGCUGUGGAUUGGUCUGCAUGAUUCUGUUAUGCAGAUGAACUUUGAGUGGACGGAUCGCACUCCGGUCAUCUUCACCUUCUGGCACCCGUUUGAACCCAACAACUUCCGAAGCGUCAAUGAGGAUUGUGUCACCAUUUGGGGCCCUGAGGGGCGUUGGAACGAUAGCCCAUGCAAUUACACUUUACCUUCGAUCUGUAAGAGAAAUGCACAGAAAACCGAUGAACACAUAGAGGAUCACGGGUGUAAACAGGGCUGGAGGUGGCACAAUCCUUCCUGUUUUAAAGUUGGAGAAGAAUCUUUAACUUUUAACGAUGCAAAAGGAAUGUGCAAUAGCAAUAAUGCCACGCUUGUCAUAAUUAAUAACAGAUUUGAGCAGGCCUUUGUGAGCAGUCUGGUGUUAGGACGCUCUGAAGAUCAGUUCUGGCUGGGGCUGUACAAUGAGAACAGCACCAGCCCAUUCCACUGGAUCACAGGAGAAGAGCUCACUUACACUAACUGGAACAGAGAUGAGCCAGCGCAGAUAAAAGGUGGUUGUGGGGUGAUGAUGGCCGGUCAGGCCAUGGGGCUGUGGGAGGUGAAGGAUUGUGCCAGCAUCCGCUCCAAAUACAUCUGCAAACAGAACUCAGACUCGUCUUUCAUCCCCAGCCCCCCUGUUCCCAAGCCCACACCCUCCCUGACAGGAGCGUGCCCAUCGGGUUGGAAAAGCACCAAUGCUCUCCGUCAUUGCUUCAAGGUCUUUCAUGCAGGUGCGUUGGAGAAGAGGUUGACUUGGAUUCAAGCUCACAGGUUCUGCCAGAAACAUGGAGCUGAGCUCGCCAGCUUUGGCACGCCGGACGAGGAGGCUUUUGUAUUCCAGAUUCUCCAUGAAGCAUUUGGGGAGGCGGAGGAUCAUGAGCAGCACUGGCUAUGGAUCGGGAUUUCUCGCCGGAAUAGCGACAGCUGGACAUGGAGUGAUGGAUCUGCUGUGACCUAUCAGAACUUUGGCAGGGGGAAUUAUGGGUCUGCUGAGUGCGGAGCAGCAAACAUGGCUGAUACCAACUGGCUGGUGUCACAUUGUGAAUCUGAGCUAGACUGGAUCUGCGAAAUACCAAAAGGGAAGGUGGAAGAGGAACCCGAGAACAAUGAAGACAAUGGUUUAGAGUGGGUCAACUUUGAGGAAGCUCAGUAUAAACUCUCGAAACAUCGCUCGACGUGGGACCAAGCUCAGAGGAUCUGCUCCUGGUUUGAUGCCUCUCUGGUCUCCGUGCACUCUCCUGGAGAGAAUCAGUUUUUGGUCGACACUCUACGCAAGAUGUCCCGCAAAGAAGAUGACUUGUGGUGGAUGGGGCUACAUACUUUUAAAAGCGAUGGCCGAUUUAGGUGGUCUGAUCACUCUGUGCUCAACUACGUGUCCUGGGGGAUAGGACAGCCUAGACCAAUCAGCAAAGAGCCCAAAUGCAUCCAGGUCUCUGCCUCAAAAGGCGAGUGGGCUGACCAGAAGUGUCAUGUUGAUCUUCCAUUUGUGUGUAAAAGGGUAAAUGUGACUGGUACGAUCCCUCCCACACCCUCUCUUCCUCUCAAACCCUCCGGCUGCCCUCCGGGCUGGAGCCCUUUCCAACACAAGUGUUAUAAGACAUUUGGGGAGGAGCUGUCGAGUCGUAGCACAUGGGACUCCGCCUCUAAAGCCUGCCUGACACAAGGAGCCAUGAUAGUGACAGUGCCAAAUCAUAUAGUGCAGGCAUUCCUUGUUACCCUACUACCCAACAGUAGUUUUCAUGUGUGGGUGGGUCUUACCUCAGAAUCCCAAGCUCAGUUUAGGUGGUUUGAACCUGGACUACUCAGCUAUACUAACUGGUCCCCGGGAGAACCAGUGGACAACAAACAAAAUAAAAGCCCGGGUAACUGUGUGCUGAUCCUGAAUGGCAGUCCUCACCGGAUGAUGGGCACGUGGGCAUCUCGCAAGUGUGACGCAGAGAAACAUGGCUUCAUCUGCAUGAAGGACAAAGACCCUGGCUUUCCUUCGGGUAAGGACCCACUACCUCCAGCAUUAAAUAGUCCGUUACAGUUUGAUGGCGUUCAGUACCGGGUCUUGCAGAAGCGUCUUGACUGGCAGGCGGCUCUGCAGGUGUGUGAAUCUGUGAAUGGAACACUGGCUGCAGCACGGGACCCUCGGCAACAUGCCUACCUCACCCUCCUCCAAAACGCUGUCCGCAAACCAGCCUGGAUUGCGUUACACAACGAUGGCGGGCGGAGCUACAUGUGGUUGGGUGAAGAGGAGAUUACUUUCAGUGACUGGCGGGAUGGAGAGCCCAAUAAUAUGUAUGGAUGUGGUCACAUGAACACAGAUGGCCAAUGGAGUGUUGCUGCUUGUAAUAUGAAACUAAAUGCAGCCAUUUGUGAAAUUAACACUGAGAGAACAAUAGACCACAAGUGGACGUAUCCAGGUUUUUGCCCACAGCCUGUAGGCAACUGGUCCUGGAUUCCAUUCCGAAAUCACUGCUACUCAUUCGUCCUCCAUGAACUGCAGCUGAAACAUGAGGCCAUGCGCACCUGUAGCAAAGUGGGAGCUAAGCUGUUGUCAAUAGUGGAUGAAAACGAAAACGGUUUUGUGUGGGAACACAUGCAAAGUUUUCAAGAACAAGCCCAUGGCGCUUGGCUCGGAAUGACCUUUAACUCCAAAGGAGGCGGUCUGGAGUGGUCAGAUAGUGCAGGGGUGGAUUACAGUAACUGGGAGCAGCAGGAUGCGAACCUAAGCAUGCUGUCUGCCAACAGCUGCUUCUGGGUUCAGAGCAACACAGGUCUCUGGAGACCCGGGUCCUGCAAAAACAGAACGCAUGGUGUCAUCUGUAAACGGCCACGAGCAGGACCCACAGCAGAUCCUGUAGUUCAAUCUGGGGUGAACAGUCUCCAUGUAUUAAUUCAGGUUUUGGUAGCAGCGCUUCUUCUGAUUGCUUUGGUGGUUGGUGGGAUUUAUCUGUAUCGUAGGCGGAGCUUUGGCUCCGCAGGUUCUUAUGAGGGGGCUCGAUACAGCCGCACCAACUCCGCCCCCUCAGAAGAAACAGAGAAAAACAUUCUUGUUUCGGACAUGGAGCUGAACGAACAGGGAGAAUAAUGCUGUAUGUGUUAAAACUGAAUAGCUGAGGAAAAACUGCGAAGGCAGCAACUCACUGAGAAAAUUUACAUGUUGGUUUUUUAAGACAUUCAAGGAGCUGUGUAGACCGCAGCUGAUGACUUUUAUGUAAACAUCUGUUACCCAUCAUCAUCUCAGAGGAACUGUGUGGAUUGGCUAGUGUGUGAUGCUACAACAGUUAUAGUUUUACCUUUCGUUUUAUCUGGUUAUGGAGGUACAGUUUGUAAUCAUGUUUUUUCUCAUCCUGAGAUAAUUUUUAUGUCAAACUAUAGUUAUCCUUAGGUAACUCCAAACUCUCUCCAAAAUAUUUUUGCAUUUCCGUAUUACACAUACACACACUUAGCUAGAUGACUGGGGAAACAUCACAAUUAUAAAACCUACAUAUUAGACUAUGCAAUUUUUAUUAAAAAUGUUGACAUUUUUUAAACGACAUCUAUAAAGUGAUGUUUUGUCAGAUUUUUGGGGACAGUUUUGUCAUCAAAUAUAGCUAAAUAAACACACCAUUGUUGGCCACGAUUGACUUCCAUAGUAGGAAAAAUUGCUUUAUAAAUUCCUUUGCUCUAUUGAACACAAAAUAAGAUAUUUUAAAGAAUGUAGGAAAGCAAAAAGUUUUGACUACCAUUGUAAUUUUUCCAACUAUGGUAGUUAUUUGUGGCCAAGAACUGUUUGUUUACAAGCAUUCUUCCAAAUAUCUUUAUCUAUGCUCAUCAGGACAACGGAAUUUAUACAGAUUUGGAACAACUUGAGGAUGAGUUAAUGAUGACAGACUUUUUAUUUUGGGGUGAACUGGACCUUUAAGCACAUAUUUUGACCAAAAAGGUCGCACCACAACAGUAUUUUUUUAACUGUGACUGACUAUUUCUUGUGAUACUCCUUGUUUGCUUUCUAAAAUAUGUGCAGCUGAAAUUUGAUGUUCUUUAGGUCAGAAGCCAGGUCCCUCCCAAAAUUAUAGGUAUUAAAAACAUAAUCAAACUUUGUUGAAGUUUAGUGGUGCGAAACAGAAGGAAACGUGGACAGAAAUUGAUAAAAGCGCACCAGAAACUAACUGAAAUACAUCUCUCAUUCUUGAUGGUUCGCAACUGUUUCUUUCCUUUUCUUGGCAAGACCUUUAGGUGACACAGUGCUGUGGCCAGCUGUGGAAUGUUGAGUCAGCUAGUGGAAGAGCUCUGGAACCAACCAGAACACGCAGAGAGAGAGAGAGAGAGAGAGAGAGAGAGAGAGAGAGAGAGAGGAAUGGUGAAGAUUUUAAAUGUUUUUUAAAUAGGCUGAGAGAGGAGAAGUCACGAGGAGACAGUAAAAGGUGGAGUUUGGAUGAGAAAGGGACUUUAGUUGAACAGGAGUUACUGGAACCGCUGGGACUGAAAGGGAAAAUACUGCCCCCUACUUGAUAUUUGCACAAUGUCUAAGUGAAUUUUCAUGCUGUGCUGUUUGCCAAAGAAAUCAAUUGUCAACAUUACUAAUGUGUGAAAUGUCACAUGUUGGUCAUAAUGGUUUAGAAAACAAGCACAGUACUGCUUUACAUGCUUUUAUGGGACAAUAUAUAGCCUGUCUAGCCAUCCUGUCUUGGGAAUUCCACAAGACAAUAUAUUUCUUAUCAUUUGCACAUUUUCUGAAGAAAGAGAAGGAUGCUGACCGAUGCCAAACUCACAUUGUUAGGGUGCUGUGGGCCAUUGUCACUUGUCAGGGCGUUGUUAUGUGCUUGCUAGGUGGUUGUAUACUAGACCAGAUCUAGAUCUCCCAUGUUUCUGGGAGAAACUUGUAACUGCAAGCCUCAGAAAACAUUGCUCACCAUUAGUUUAAUUUGUCUGUUCUUCGUAGAGAGACGUUGUUUGAGGGUAGAUGUGCCACCAGUUUAGCACUUAGGCUUUUUACUCAUCGGUAACAUUUUAUUUGCUCACUGUUGAUGUUUUUAAAUAUGACCUGACGGUUAAUUACAUUAAAAGCAUAAUGUCACAUAUGACCUGAAAUGAGCAACUUAUUACAACCAUAUAUAAAAUAACAUACAUGACUAUAUUUCCAUGCAAGACGGUACAACUCUGAAUAUUACAUGACAAUUUUGACUAUGAUAUCAAUCAUGGUUAGCGUCAUAUUGCACACAGCAUGUGAUUCUUCAAUUAUAAAUCACUUGUUUUUUUGUUUUUGAACAUAAACUAGUUGAGUUAUAUGAAACACAUUUUUUACUGGAAGGAAAGUCCCUGUGAAGACAAUUCAAAUGUUUGCUUUUGUUUGUUUUGGAUAUUUUGUUGAAUGAAUUUGCUUUAAAAAUGAAUAAAGGAUAUGUUUGCUAUGUGA